GGAUUAGGGUUUAUACCAGGGAAGAGGGGAAAUGGCUGCUGCCUUGGUGAGCCAGGCUGCUGCUGGAUUGGGGUCGCGAUCGUCCUCAUCGUCGUCACUGGGGGGAAUAGGAGGAUCAUCCAAUCUUCUGGCGUGUUCUUCGUCGCGGCAGCACUUCCAAUUUCCAGUAAGUGCGUGGACGAGCGCUGGUAAUGUGGUGAGAGUAUCGAGUAGGUUGCGCGGCGUCAUUAGGUGCCAAUGCCGCGCUGUGGAUGACAAUUCCGAGGGAAAUGCGGAAACAUCGGGCACCGAUGAGAGAGUGUUGAGAAUCAAGAGUGUUUCCUCGAGGAAGCUGGAGGAGUACAUUGCAUCGUCGUCGGGAUCGUCGUCUUCGUCGUCUUCCCCCGAGGAUAAGGAAUGGAAGUCGUGGCAGGAGCAUUUUCCAAAGGUGGAGGAGGAGGACAAUCUCAUCUCGGCUUUAAAAUUCCAGCUAGAGGAAGCUGUGAAGCUGGAACAUUUUCAAGAGGCAGCGAAGCUAAAGAGAGCUAUCGAAGCAGCCAAAGCAAACGACGUGAUAUCGGAAGUUAACAAAGAGCUUCAGAGAGCUUUGCAAGAGGAACGAUACAAAGACGCUGCACGCUUGAGAGAUGAAGCUGGUGCUGGCCUGGUAGGAUGGUGGGCAGGCAUCUCCAAAGAUGGAAGUGAUCCUUUUGGGAGAAUUAUCAGGGUGAGAGCCGCUCAUGGCAGGCUUAUAGCACAGAACUACACUGCCAGGCAGUUAGCUACCUUUGCUCAAAAGAAUGGUGCAGAAGGUGAUGCGUUAUUCGAAGUUUUUGUUAAGAAGGAAGAUAAUGGAUUCAACAAGCAGGUUGUUUACUUGCAACACCCAGCAGAAGCAGAAGCAGCAGACCUGGAUAAACUUGUCGAUAUUGACAUUGACGAAAUAGUUCAGCAGGCGGAAAAUGAAAGCACGGAAGAAAAGAACAGAACAAAGAGCGCAGGAAAGACAGAAAAGCAGGAAAACGAGAAAGCAGAUGACGACUCCGAUGAAGCACACGUACAAGCUAGCGGUAUAGUCGACUUCUUAAAGGAUAGAAUCCCCGACCUCAACAUGAAAGUUAUAAAGGUGAUCGCUCCAGAAGGUUCAGAGCCAGACAUCCCAAAGAUUAUCGAGGAGAUAAUCGAGAGGGAGCAGAAAGAGCACCGGGAUAAAAGUGAUGCCUCUGCCAUUGGUGGGAUAGUCGUUCAAGAAUCGUCCGAUACCGAGGGAAAGGCAGGGGACGACCAGGUCCCGGGCGAUAAGGCUGUUACCAUCAGAGUAGUUAUAGGUGGAGCUUCUCCUGGAGAAGGCGGAGAUGGUUCUAUCGGUCCUGCAGUGAGGGUGCCCGCUACCAUCAAGCAAGAGUCAAUAGACAGUUUUGUGCUUCACAUUGAUUCUAUUCCGGACGAUAUUCACCAGGACGAUUCGAAGGCUUGGAAGGUUGCGAGGAUUGCCACUAAGGCGUCAGCAGAUCAGAUGCCCGAUGACGUGGCUCAAAAGUUGUGGAAUGUGGAAAAGGUGCCAGUGCAGUUACAGGUUUCUAAAGAGCUAAAAGAGGUUAUCAAGCUCGCUGUGAAUCAGGCGCAAAAAAUGCAGAGCUUGCCAAAGACCACUGUCUUUCAUCGCAUCGACGUGACUGAAUCCUCUGAUCCAUUCACGGGCCUCUAUGUUGGGGCUUUCGGCGCAAACACUCCGGAGAUCCUUCAACUUAAGCGGAAAUACGGCCACUGGGACACGAAGAGAUCAGUCCCGGAUGACAAGCUCAAGUUUUACGAGUAUGUGGAGGCUAUUAAGCUGACAGGCGAUUUAAACGUUCCCGCGGGGCAGGUAAGCUUUCGAGCACGUAUUGCCAAAGAAAACAGGAUGUCACCACUGGGCAUCUAUCCAGAGGAGUUAGGAGUGAUUGCCCGAUACAGAGGCCAAGGUCAACUGGCAGAUCCUGGCUUUAAACACCCCAAGUGGACUGACGGAGAGCUUGUAUUACUCGAUGGAAGGACAACUGGCCCGACGAAUGGUGCAAGGCUCGGAUUCGUUUUCUACUUGCCUGAUCACCACUUCCUCAUCUUGUUUGACCGGCUAAACCUUGAGAAGUUAUCAUAAGGUGCUGACAAAAGCUAUAGAUUUUGAGGAGCUCCUUUCGAACACGAGAGCUUUCUAGCUCUGGAAGGAGAUUUUGCCAGCAAAAUACAAUUGCAGCGGGUAGUUGCAAUUGUUUGUUUCCCUUUUGUAAAGUUCUGUACAAUGCCAAGAUUGUUUUGCAGUAA